CGCAGUUCGGAAGAGACGCGGGGCAAAACACCAGACCCUGCGUCGAUCUGGGAGCCGCGCCGCCGCAGGGGGCGGGGCGGAACGGAACGGAAGAAGAAGAAGAAGGAGGAGGAGGAGGACUACUACUCCUGACUCGCGUCCCCGGUAGCCAUCCCUCCUCCGCGCGGCGGCAGAAAUUUAAAAGAAUAAGCACGGAGGUAGUUUUGUGAUGGAGGUCACUCAUCAAGAUGAACAUCCUCCCAUGCAUUGUGAAGACUUGUGUAAGAAAUAUGACCACAACAAUAAAUUGUCAGGAGCAAGUACAGAUAUUGAAAAGCUUUAUCAAGCAGUGCCACAGCUUGCAAAUUUGUUCAAAAUUAAGGGGAAAAUUGGUGAAGGUACAUUUAGUUCUGUUUACUUGGCCACAGCUCAGUUACGAGGAGGCCAAGAAGAAAAAGUGGCUUUGAAACACUUGAUUCCUACUAGUCAUCCUUUACGAAUUGCUGCUGAACUUCAGUGUCUUAUAGUAGCUGGAGGACAGGAUAAUGUCAUGGGAGUUAAAUAUUGCUUUAGAAAAAAUGAUCAUGUGGUUAUUGUUAUGCCAUAUCUGGAACAUGAAUCCUUUUUGGAUUUCUUGAACUAUCUCUCCUUUGAAGAAGUAAGAGAUUAUAUGUUUAAUCUCUUUAAAGCUUUGAGGCGUAUUCAUAAUUUUGGGAUUGUUCACCGUGAUGUCAAGCCAAGUAACUUCCUAUACAACAGGCAACUGAAAGAGUAUGCCCUAGUCGACUUUGGUUUGGCGCAAGGAACCCCUGACACACAAAUAGAACUUCUCAAAGUUAUUCAUUCUGAAGCCCAGCAGGGAAGUUGUGCAUACAAUAAACCUCAAGUAACUUUGGGAAGCCAAGUUUCUGUCACUUCCACAGCACCUAGACAGCUAGCUCAUCAGUUAGCCUCAAAAACUGCUAAUAAAAGGCCCUCUUCCUUUUCUCAAACGCAAAUUAAACAAGGACACAAAAGAAAGGAGGGGCCUGAGAACCAUUCUGUUCAGCGCUCUGUCUUUGGGGAGCGAAAUUUCAAUGUCCGAAGAGCUGCUUUUCAAGAUAGUUCCACAGUUAAACUCAUAAAGCAAUCCAAGGCAGCAGAUAUAUCUUCUAGGAAACUGUCAGCAAAGAAGAAGACCACUUCAGCUGUGAAUAAUGGUUUGAUCAAAAAAGCUGCCAGCAAUUGUCCAGCCAAUUUGACCUGUGACUGUUAUGCAAAAGAUAGAGUCUGCAGUGUUUGUCUUUCAAGGCGUCAGCAGGUUGCCCCAAGAGCUGGUACACCUGGAUUCAGAGCACCAGAGGUAUUAACUAAGUGUCCUACACAAACCACAGCAAUUGACAUAUGGUCUGCAGGAAUCGUAUUCCUUUCUCUGUUGAGUGGCCGGUAUCCAUUUUACAAAGCAAGUGAUGAUUUAACAGCUUUGGCACAGAUCAUGACUAUUCGUGGAUCCAGGGAAACUAUUCAAGCUGCUAAAACAUUUGGUAAAUCAAUACUGUGUAGCAAAGAAAUCCCAGCUCAGGAUUUAAGGAAGCUCUGUGAAAGGUUGAGAGGGAAAAGUACUAGCUCCGACAUCGCGACAGGUGAUGUACAAAUCAACCCUUCCCAGGAUCUGGCUUUGCCAGCUGAAACAGGCACCUUGGAGCUUGCGCCCCAGACACCCCCAAAAUACACGCCAUAUGCAAAGAAAAGUUGCCAUGAAGGUGAUGGAGCAGAUAUUAGGAUUAUGGAGAAAGCAGCUGAUCCAAAAGGAUGGAACAAAGUUCCUGAUGAGGCUUAUGAUCUUCUCGAUAAACUGCUAGACUUAAAUCCUGCUACAAGAAUAACUGCGAAGGAUGCUUUACUGCAUCCUUUUUUCAGAAAUAUGAAGCCGUAAAAGAAAACUCAGGUUUGCUUGAUUGUCACUUGCAUAUGUAACACAACAUGAGAAGCAAUGGAAUCUACUAUCUACAUAUCUUUCAGUGAGAUGGAAAUCCUGAAGGGGAACUCCCACCCCCCUGCCGCCCUGUUUGUUUGGCUUCAUACAGUAUCCAUCUUGCAACUAUGAAAAAUGUAUCGGCUAUUAAAUAUGCUAGUGGCAACCGACUGUGGGGCCAAUUUUUCCAUGAUCACACAUUUAUGGGUUACUUCUAAAUGCCUGGUCUGUGCAUUGCAUUUCCCAUGCAGCACGCUGCUUCCCAUAUUUGCAUUCGGUUCUCUUGUGCCAUGUUGUUCUUGACUCUUAGAAAGUACUGGUAGCUCUUGCAAGCCAGCUUUUUGUGUCAGUGUAAAAGUGCCUUAAAUGGCUGGCCAGUGUGCUAUGUAAACAACUUGUUGUGACAGCAGAUUUAUUCUUUUAAGUGUCCUUAAAGAUAUUUGCGCACUUCCAGAUAUAAAGGACUGAUUAGCAUCAUGAAUAACAUAUAUGAUUCACUGAGGAUGUGUAAAUAAUGCCUUUGCAUUUACUGCAGUGGAGGAAAGCGGAAAUGAAAGAAGCAUUCUCUAGUUUGGGUAGCAGAAGACAAUGAGGCCGUUCACACGACUGGAUGUGGGGGUGGGGGAGGAGAAGGCUUCAUUUCACUCACCUUCUCCCCAGAUGAUUGACAAAAUGUCGGAGCACUGUCCCUGCUCCCACAUGAUCUGUGUUCAGAGAGCCAGGACAGUGCAACCCAGCCUCGAGGAAUCCCACUGUGCACCAAGCACAAUGCAUUGGGGGAGUCCCCCAGGAGACAGACGCUCUAGGUGCCUGUCUCUGUGUGCACUUGGGACAUCCUAACAAGGUGCCUGUAUUAGGCGGGUCCCAAGGGCCAGCUGCUUCAAAGUAGGGCAUCCUGUAGAGUCUGGCUUUGUAUGGAAGAAAUCGAUUGACUGUGGUGUUGGAUCCUUUUUCCUUAUAGAGUAGUCUGACAUCCCUCCCUAUUCGAAAUGUUUAUGAUGGAUGCCAUUGCUCUGUGUUGUGUUCAAUCAAUAUUUUCUCAUCUAAAAUCAGUAUAUAUAUAUGUUUUCCAGUACUUCUUCUCAUUGAUUCUUUUUCAUAGCAUGUCUGAUUGUUGGGUGGAUUUUGUAAAAAUCUUGAUGGUUUUACCAGAACUUCCAAAAUAAAAGUUUUUCUUUUAAAGGUGAAA